GGGGGAGGGGCAACACAAUAUGAGAGAGCAGUCAUCCAGAGGGACGGUCAGAGCUGAGUCGACAGCGGAGGAGACAUGACGGCGUCCGGAGACCACGAGCAGGCUGCACCUGUGUUUGAGGACACAACGUUGUCCUUCUCAGAUGAGGAAUGGCUUGAACUGGCCACGUGGCAGAGAGAACUGUACAGGACUGUUAUGAGGGACACCAUGGACCUGGUCACCUCUCUGGGUUACAUGUUCCUGAAGAGAGGGGAGUCUGAGCAAAGAGACAGUGCAGAAACUGAAGAGACUGCACUAGAAGAAAUCAUCCAUAUACCAGAGACUGUACUAGAAGACCUCAUCUAUAUACCAGAGACUGCAGUGACUCUGGAGAAGGCACCAUCUUCUGGUGAACUCUUCUCUCCAUAUCCUGUAACUGAUGAACAACCUCCCACCACUGGAGCACAGAAGAGAUUAGAAGAGAAGUCUGAUCCACCCGUCCGAGAAACAACAUUCAUCCAUGAGGUGAAACCAGAGAAUAAAGAUGGAUCCCCCAUAGCUGGGCCAAGGACAUGGGCUUUAAUACGAACACUUGAAGAUGCCUCCAGUCCGUGUGUUGGUUUUGAACAAGUCUUGAGUGGAUUUAGCGUUGAUCUAUUCAAUGGGUGUAAUCAGGAGGGGACACAGGAUCACUUGGACAAUACUGAGUUCCUGACGGUCAUUAAGGUGGAGGAGAUAAAUGUUACUAUUGGAAGUGAAAUAAUGUCCCUCCAUAGUGACAGAUGGGAGGGCCAUCCAGAGUACCCUAAUAAAGAGGAGCACUGGGACCUGCAGGGGGGAGCCGUGUUGCCUUUGGCCUCCACCGAUCCUCACAACAAUUAUUAUUUGCCAUGGACAGACAAUCAGAGGGCUCUAUCUCCAGGGACAUUACAGUGGACUGAGCAGACCCCCUUAACUAAUGGUCAGUGUGUUGAGGAAGGAGGCACAUGGCUGACUGUGACAGGCCAGCAGAGGUCCCCACUAGAGUCUCUGUACACUGAGAACUUCUAUAAAUGUUCCAUGUGUGGCCGAAGCUUCUUACAGGGUCCAAACUAUCAUGAGAGCCUGCAGCUGGAGAAAGGGGCCUUCUCCUGUCCUACAUGCUCCAGCUAUCUCAGUGAUCAGCACCACCUUCCACCAUUCCUUAGAAAUGGACAACCAGACAUUAACUCCACACAUCAGCCCUCACAGGACAAGCCCAACGUCACCUGUCCAAAGUGUAAACGCAGUUUCUCGCAGGUUUCUGGACUCCAUCGACACAUGAAGUCUCACAGUCGUAACAAGACAACAGUGAAAGUCACGGCCCCUCCGCAAAGAAAGGUCAAUGAUGGGCCAAUACUGCAAGACACGGAGACGAGGUCUACAACACAGUCCUCAAGACAGGCCUACUCCAAACUGCAUCGACACCUGCAGCUCUCCACUGCCUUCCUCCAGCAGCUGAUCACCUCCACUGGGGGAUUCCAGUAUGACUGAGGGUGGUGACAUAUCAACCAGACUGGAGAAGGGACCAUGUAAAACAAAAAUAAAAUACAAAAUUAUCA